UGAGGUGGAGCCCAUAACAGGAAGUGGAUUCACCAAUGAACUUGAGGAACCCACAUGAUUUGGUAAUACUAAUGAGACAAGAAACAACAGUUAACUACCUCAAAGAGCUGGAGAAACAGUUAGUUGCUCAAAAGAUUCAUAUAGAGGAAAAUGAGGACAGGGACACGGGGCUGGAACAAAGGCAUAAUAAAGAAGACCCGGACUGCAUUAAAGCAAAGGUGCCCUUGGGGGACCUAGAUCUGUACGAUGGCACGUACAUCACCUUAGAGAGCAAAGAUAUCCGGCCUGAAGACUAUAUAGACACAAAGUCUCCAGUGCCUCCAGACUUGCAGCAGCCAGAUUGUACAAAAGUUCUUGAUCUUCCAUACAGCAUUCAUGCUUUUCAGCACUUACGGGGUGUCCAGGAAAGAGUUAAUCUUUCUGCACCCUUAUUACCUAAAGAAGAUCCAAUCUUCACAUACUUAUCACGGAGGCUGGGAAGAAGUAUAGAGGAAAUAGGUCAUCGUAUUUAUGAUGGGCUAAUGAAGAACUCUUCUUCCUGGGUACUUUAUAAUAUGGCUUCUUUUUACUGGCGAAUAAAGAAUGAACCGUACCAAGUAGUAGAAUGUGCCAUGCGUGCCCUUCAUUUCUCUUCCAGGCAAAAUAAAGACAUUGCAUUGGUAAAUUUGGCAAAUAUUCUGCACCGAGCUCACUUCUCUGCGGAUGCUGCUAUUGUGGUCCACGCAGCUCUGGAUUACAGUGACUUCUUUACCAGCUAUUACACUUUGGGAAAUAUAUAUGCAAUGCUCGGGGAGUACAACCACUCGGUCCUGUGUUACGAUCAUGCUCUACAGGCCAAGCCGGGGUUUGAGCAAGCUGUGAAAAGGAAGCAUGCUGUACUCUGUCAGCAAAAAUUAGAGCAAAAACUGGAAGCUCAACAUAGAUCGCUUCAGCGAACCUUAAAUGAAUUGAAGGAAUAUCAGAAGCAGCAUGACCAUUACCUCAGGCAGCAAGACGUUUUAGACAAAUACAAGCUCAUCCAGGAGGAACAAAUCCUGAGGAACAUAAUUCAUGAGACCCAAAUGGCGAAAGAAGCUCAAUUAGGGAACCAUCAGAUUUGUAGACUGAGCAACCAGCAGCACAGCUUGCACUGCCAGUGGGACCAGCCUGUUCGCUAUCACCGUGGAGACAUUUUUGAAAAUGUGGAAUAUGUUCAGUUUGGUGAAGACUCUUCGACUUCAAGUAUGACAUCUCUGAAUUUUGAUCUUCAUACAAACCAAAGUGGCCACAGCCAAUCCUUGCAGUCUUCCCCUGUUGCUCGUUCCAUCGUUUCAGUGUGGAGUGUAGAAUCCAAUAGAGACAAACAGCAUCUUCUUUGGCCUCAGCGUUCUGAGUGUAUGAAAUCUUUCCCCAAAAUUCCUGAUCCAGAAGAGCUGCCAACUUAUUUUCUGCCUCCGGAAAAUAGGGGAUUCAGAGUCCAGUCAAUCCUAAAUAUCCCAAGAGAAGCUGUUGGGCUUGAAGACACCCAGGUACCAGACUGUUCUUCCAUUACUGAUGCUCGUAACAAUGAAUCUCUGUACCUACUUGUCAAAGAACUAGACGAUAAUCUAGAUUUGAAAAUGAAGAUGCCGGAUGAUCAAGCAAGACAAAUCUUGCAUUCUCGAAUCAACAAUCAAGCUAUUACACGGGAGAAAAUGGAAGCAUUUCUUGAUCAUGCUAUGAAAAAGCCUCAAGAUCCUCUGUGGCUUGUGCUUAAUGAAGCUGGAUUGUACUGGCGUGCAGUUGGAAAUAGCACCUUUGCUGUCACCUGUUUGCAAAAAGCAUUUAAUUUGGCUCCACAUGAGUAUCAGGACAUCCCUCUGGUCAAUCUUGCUAACCUCUUGAUUCAUUAUGGUCUUCAUUUGGAUGCCAGCAGGCUCUUGCUUCAGGCUUUGACCAUCAAUGCCUCUGAGCCCCUGACUUUUUUGAGCCUGGGAAAUGCCUAUCUAGCUCUGAACAACAUUAGUGGAGCCCUGCAGGCCUUCAGACAUGCGCUAGAUUUGACCACCAAGUGUUUGGAGUGUGAAAGCAGCCUGAAAAUGAUCCGCUGUCUGCAGUUCUACCCUUUUCUCUACAACAUCACCUCUUCUGUAUGCAGCGGUCAUCUUUUGUCUGGGUGCAAGAAAAACCUGAAAGCGUGAACCUGACAAAUAGUGUAAAUGUUCUUUGUACUUUCUUCUGCAGAGUGUAAAAUAAACACGCUGGCUAAUUCAGCCUUGGUGAUGAUUUGUGGUUUAAAUAAAAAAAAAUGAGAAUUAAAUGAAAACGCAGACAAAUUUUAUUUCCAUAUGGUUUGGGGAAAUAUUUUCCCCUGCUCUCUUCCUCUCAACAGACUUGAAAGGAAACUUGACAGGCUAUGGGAAAGUUGAAGGUGAGUCUCCAAAACUGAUAUUUUCCUCCUCCAUCUCCUUUGAGAACUAAAGAAGAGCUGUUUUGCAGUACCUGGUCCACUGAAAAAAAUCACCCAGAAAUGGGAAUAUCAAGUGUUGUCUCUGGUCUAAUAACUUACUUGAGCAUUUCUUCAAGAUUUUGAAAGGAACGAUAAUAGUGGGGCUGCCUGUGCUUUAGGCUGCACGCUCUUGCAGCAAAUGCUCGGGGGAGUCGGGUGCAUGGUGCAGUGAAUUGAAUAUAGGAUCAAAAUUUUGAAUGUAUGAUCUGGUAUUGGGUUGCAUUAUGUGUUAUGGAUAUUUCAUAUAAGUGAAAUGGGAGUUUUCUGAAGCAUGCUGGGACAUUUGUUGUUAGUACAGGACUUCAAGUGUGCUGCACUGAUGCUGACUUACUGGAUGCUUGCUAAUAUGUUCCUGUCUGCACUGCUGCCUCAUGCUGGUUUUUUUCUGUUUCUGUUUUAGACAUGUUUGUUUCUCAAAUUCAAGUCACUUCACACAUGUGAGAGCUCAUGCCUUUAUGUUCUUUUAGACAAGAUCAAAAUUCAAGAUGUUCAACUUAUUAGUAGAAUGGUAUUCCAGAAUGAAGCGUAACAUGCUUUAAGCUUUGAGCGUCUCUAGUCUUACUAUUUCACUACUUGGUAGGAUAGUGCUUUUACAAAAAGCUUUGUGCUACCCUUCUGGAAGUAGAGGCACUGAGAGCAUGCUAGGAAUUUCUCUUUAUAUACUAUCAAGAUCUCCAAGUACUUGUACGUAGUGAGUAUGUAAGUUUCUAAAAGCAACGCAUACUUGCUCACAUUCUGAGCUCUGUGAUGUGUUCAGCAGUUGGCUUAGCAACAGUGCUUUGAGUGUGGGCUUAGUGCCCUCUUGUGGUGCAAAUACCCCAUACCGUAUGAAAUCAUAACUCUUGGUUUAUUUCAUCUGCUUCAUCUUAAAAUAGAACACGAGGAAAAAGAUAUUUCAGCACUUCAGUGUAUACAUUUUCCUUUAUCUCCUAGCACAUUAAGUCCUACAAAGUUACUAAGUUCAGACCAUCAAGCACAUAGACCUGACAAGGGAGAGGCUCACCCAAAAAGAGAAUCUCUGCUUAAAAUCCCAUUUGUUUAUUUAUGGGCAGAUUAAAUAACUUAAUUAAAUCAACAUCACAGUUGAAGUCUUCAAAUCUUACCUUAAUAGCUGCAAUUGCUUCAGGUUUACUUAUAGCAAUUUUGGCUACUCAAACACUAAGCAAAAGCCCCGAUAUGCCAGGACAAACAUACAUUUCCUUUACAAUACUGUGUGCUAAAACAGAGAUGUGAAAUACUCAUUUUGUACGUUCUUAAGCAUUCUUAACUUAAGUCCGGAAUCUAUGCUAAUUGAAUAGAAUUCUGGAACUAAACACUACUUUUGCUUUCUUUAUCUUGCUUGUCAUGUCAAGGCGGAAUUCUUUAGUUCUCCUGAAACAUGUUUAAACUACCAUUUAGUGUUAGUACCUUCAUUUAUUUGAGUACAUUAACGGAAGGGAUUGGGUCUGUGACCAUUUGGUUUUGUGUUGCUCUUGCUCUCACUGCAGUCUUAUGGGAAAGUUCAUCGGUGCAAAAGGAAUGGUCUCCCACAGUAGAUUUUUCAAAUCAAAUCAAGGGAAUUCUACUGAGCAUGCAGAGUGCAUGUUAAAGCUCCUUGAAACACAUCAUGGCAGAUGUUUGUGUUACCACUUAAUACCCUGGUAGCUAUAUACUGGAGAAACUGGGUUCUGUCCUAAACAGGCGCAGUUCUGAAAUUACUCUUGAAGUGAAAUUCUGCUUGACUUGUUUCCACACCCUCCCGUGCACACAAGUAAGGACGCUGUGUCCAGUGAGCUUCAUGGGGAUCUGAGAAUGGAGCUGGAGUCUUUCUCAAGUAUCCCUGGCAACAGAGAUAAGGUCAUCUGAAAGAGCUGUUGAUGCCAUCCAGAUGGAAUCUAGGUCACCUACCUUGAGUUCAGCAGUGCUAAAGGAGUAAGGGAAGGUUACAAUGUACUCAUGUAGAAUGAAGGCAUGGCACCUGAUGCAGGCAGGUGGGAGACAGAGAAAGAGGGCCACUUUUGGUGAAGGUGUCUGCUACUGUCAGAUACACCUCUGACUGGGAGGUCCAUACAAAAACCUUAUGUGGGAUUCUGCUCUAUGGCAAUAAUGAGACCGAGUUCUUGCUUCAGUGUUGUGUGACCAUUUCAGCUCUACUAGCACAGCAAGAGAAGAAUCAGUUCUUACUGUCUGACUUUGCUGGGGUAUACGUGGAAUUCAUAGAGUAUCAGUGCUGUGAUCUGGAAGAUUUUGAGUAGAUAUGUUGUUGUCGGAGGAUAAGUCUCUUUUCUAAGCUUACAAACUGUUGCAUUUAGAAGCAUGUUUCUUUCUUUGGGGGCUCUGUGAUAUUUCUUACUACUUGAUUUGGUAUCUGCUGUGUAAAUUAAAACUUUUCCUGAAAAGUCUUCAUCUGACUUCUCUUGAGUCGCUGAAGGAAGUUGAAAGUGAAGGAACUUGCCUUACAGAAGUGUGAAAAGCCAUGCUGCUUUGAAACAAAUCUUUACUUUCCAAUGCUCCAACUGUUUUUGUCUUUAAUACUGUGCAGAGAAGUAUAGAUGUUGAUUCUUCGCCUUAAGAAUCAAAUAAUGUAGCACUGUUAAACAUGGCUACUACACUGUUUCAUAUUCUUCGUAGUUCAUGCACACUGCUUCCAAGCUACUGCUUGUUGGAAAGCUGUUGUGUACCUUAAUGGCUCCUGUAACCACCAGACAAUGCGUGCUGUUUUAAGAUUGUGUUCCUCAGAUGUCCUUCUCUAUUGCAUUUGUCAAACAAGCUGAUGAUGUGGGUGAACUUGGUCUACAGCUUCUUUUUAUGCUCACAUCAAAUGAUUUCUGUACAGUGUACAAAGUCUGUCUCGCUAGCUUAUGUGCUUACUCUACUUAUUUGCAGGAUAAUGGUGUAUCCAACAGCUGCUCUUGAAACUCACUAGUGUCACUUUAUACCACCUGAAUAUCUGCAAUUCUGUAUUCAUUCUGUCUUUUCUCAGGACCAGAAGACCACAAACUGGCAGUGGAGGAAAGAGAAAAAAAUCAUUCUCUCAGCUGCAGGACUAAGGAGAUGGGGAUAGCAUGGUGGAGAGUUCAGUGAGAGCUUAUUGAUGCAAAACUAUUAUCACUGAAAGGGAAAGUAGUGUAGUAUUAGAUUAAAUAUAGUAUGACAAUUCCCAUUUUUGUCUGCCUUCAUAGCACAAAUGAUUCUUCCUCAUAUACUAUUUGGAUCUUUCUGUUACUUCAGCAUAAUUACAUGCUCAUGUAAUAGGAGAAUCGAUCAUCAGGGGUUAGGAUGAAAGAGGAAAGAUGCCCUUUCUUGACUGAAUCUUUUAAAACUUGAUACCUUCAUUUUUAGUUUUCACGUGUAUUAAUGUUUCUCUGCAAUGCUCUUGGUGAUUUUUUUUUAUUUUUUUUUUGUGCUGCUGUCUGCCUUCAUCUCCUUUUAGGAGGCUGCAUGAACCAGUGGUGAUUUCUUGCAUGCAGCUAGACCUUUUUUAAAAGCUCCAUCAACUACAUAUGUUUGAAAGGCUUUUUAGGGGCAAUGGUAGUUCCCUAACUACAUCUCAAGGCAGAUGUGUUUGUGUGAACAACUGUGUAGUAAAACUGCAUAGACUGAAUUAGUGAGUUGGUUAAAGCAUAUUUGGAAGGAAAAGAGCAUGCAGCCUGGCCCCCGUGUAUGGGGGAAUUGACAAGACAUUGUUUAGUCUCAUUAACAACUUGCCAGUACCUUGUAGGCUGUAUUCACUUGGCUUAAAUCUGAGAACUUCUAAAGUGGUGAUGUGUACCUUCAGCCUGUAAUGAGUCAUGUUGAGAUUGUCUCAAAGCAGCAUGCGAUGCCAUGUGUUCAGAUUAAAAUGAGCACUGCAUGCUGAGCCAUGGAGUGCCAGGCACUUAACUACCCCUGAUCUGUCUACUUUAUUGAUUUGUUUUUCCUUUUAAGGUUGGUUGCCCGAUUCAUGUGAGAAUCUGCUGUGCUCUGAUUAUCCUCAAAGCUUGAAAUCUAUCAUCCGUUCUGGUUACUAGUGACCAAAACUAGGACAAUUCCAGUUUCCCCAGAGGAAGAAAUAGAACUUCUUGGAUGCAGCAGUUCAGGGGAGGCAGGAAAUUCUUCCAAAAAUCCCUGUAUUUUUGCAGGGCCUGUUUUAUUGUUUUGUACAAUACUGACAUUGGGAGGAGAGUGUUUUCCUCUUGAAUCCUAAACUGGUGCAAUGGGCAGUAUUCUUGUUUAACUUCAUUUUCUGCAAGAGUUUUCUGUCUGGAUUCUAGAAAAGGCUAAUCCAAUUUCUGCUUGUUACUCAUCGCUCCAUCAAAACCAGGAUUGAUUUUUGUCUAUUUCAUCUGGAGCAAUAACUUUGCUCUUUUUAAGGAUUUGUGUAAAAUAUAACCUGUCAGACAAACAGCUGAAUACUUAGAAGCUAUCUUAGAUUAGUAAGGGGCAUGCUUGCCUGGCAAGUCAACACCUUCCUUUGUUAUUUGAGUGUGUCUGUGUCUUUGUGCUUUGGUCUUCAGUAAGGAGGAAGAUUGUGCAGAUAUCUGUCCCAAACAAAUCUGUAAAUUGUUGUGGGUUAGUAUUAACCAUUAAUCUGCUCUGGUUAAGGAGUGUAAUGUAGAGAAAAGAUGCGCAGAUGAACGUAAAAUACAACAUAUCAAAACUAUUUUCUUAAAAAUGCAAAAUCAGAUCACUCCAGAAACCUGUUUAAAUUCACCAUGUAGCGCAAACCUUACAGAAUGUGGUAGUUAAAUCUACGUGCAUAACACCAUUAUACACCCAUCAGGCUUUCCAGUGUCUUGUGGUGAGAAAAGUGGGAAGUUAGCUAACCCCAUGACGAGUAACCGCUAGCUGUUCUAGGGUUCAUUUUUAAGAGUGGGCUACUCCAGUGUUUAGUCCCUCUUAAGCUUGAGUUCAAAGAUGUUGAAUUCAUAAAUAGGGGAUCUAGCAGUUGGACUUGAGUUAUGCAAAAUAUUUAAUGUUUAGCUUGAGAGGUAUAUAGGGCUGAACAUGGAGAGAAGACAAGAAAAAGAGCAAAACAAACAUGAUUCAGCGUCUCUGCUUCAUGAUAACAAUACUUAAAAUAAGAAUUUCCAUUGCUUAAUCCAAGUCUACUUCAGAAGUGUAUUAUGUGAAAUCAAGGAACCAAAUACUGGCCAUUGACAUGUCGUCACAACAUAUGUUAUGCUAUGAUCUGUUGUAGGUGGACAUUUAAUGUUAAGAAAUAAGUAAGUAGGUAUUUUAUAUGACAUUAGAAAAAAAAAUACCCAAGCAUGCAGGAGAACUCACUGAGGACAAACCUUAAUCUUUGGAAUUGAUAUGUACCUGUUUCUCUUAUUUUCUCUCCCCACCUCUCUCUCUCUAUCUCUCAAA